AUGGAUAUCGCAUUGCCACUGGAUAAGCUCAACUUAAAAUCCAAAGAUCAACAUUCAUCAGCGUAUGAGGGCCAAGUUUUUGUUGUUUUAGUAGCGACAGGAAGUUUCAACCCUCCCACUUUCAUGCAUAUGCGAAUGUUUGAACUGGCAAAAGAUGCACUGAAUUUAGAAGGGUUUUGUGUUAUUGGAGGCUACAUGUCACCUGUGAAUGAUGCAUACAAGAAGAAAGGUCUCAUCUCUGCUGAACAUCGUUUACAGUUGUGCGAUCUUGCUUGUAAAAGCUCACCGUUUGUAAAAAUAAAGAAGGCCAAGAACAAAAAUUGCAAAAAAUAA